AUGGCAGGUCCUCUCCAGAUUGGAGAUCUUGUCAGUCUUGGGCGGCUAGCUUGGGAGAUUUAUGAUGCCGGUUGGACUGAAGAUCGCAAUGCAACAAAACAGUAUUUGGAAUUUUGGAGAGAUGUGAGAGGGCUUGCCGAGAACCUCGACAUCCUCAGCAGCGUGAUUACACAGGCGGACAAUUCCCUCCAGAGAGAAAGACAAAGCGUAAAGACCAGAGUGCGAUGGGAUCGGAGAUCACUGAUAGAGAUUGUCGGCGACUAUGACGGUACGCUUCGAGAAUGCCGUGAACUUCUCGAAUCAAACAUACGGUAUCGUGGGGGAAGCGGCCCGCUCCGCAACUUAGAAUGGAACAUCCUCGUUCAACCCACUGCCGACCGGCUGCGCCAACGCAUCAUUUUGCACAACUCCAAGGUCCUCCAUAUUUUGAAGCCGUUUGAGAUCGAUCUUCUCUAUCGAGUACGACAAGACAUUGAGUACAUGCACGCAGACAUCGCCUACAGGCUCGACGGCAUUCAUCAUGAUAUCAAAAGACUCAUGGGAGUUCUCAUCCCUGACCUCGAUGAAGCGCUGAGAUUGCGAGAGCAGCACACAACGGUCCUCCUGGAAGUACCUAUGAACCUGGCAGAGCAAUUCCGAUUUGCCGCCCUUACUGGCCACUCAGAGUAUCGCACCGAGAGCGACUUCGACCUAAGCGAGCUAUCCGAUGCCUUCAUCAUGAACUUCAGAGGCAGCACUGCCAACUUCCAAGCCGGCAUGCUGGUCACGGACCGUGUCCCACCUAUCGAUCAAUAUAUUAAUCUCCUCAAGUGUAUAUGGCUGUUUAGAAGGAUCCAAGGGUCUCGGGCUCUCCAGGAGGCGGAUCGGGACAUCUCGCACUGGCCCUCCUAUGCCCGACAGCUUGAAGAUGAUCUUUCAUUCGAGUGCAGUCGGUUCGGUCGCGAGCUUGUUAAACCAGAGUUAUCGACCGCAAUACUGAGGCGCGAAAUGUUUAUCAUCUGGCCGGAGAAAGACCCGACUCCUCUGGUCGAUGUGGUGACCCAAGACGAGAUGAUGCAGGAGCUGCUCGAGGUACCUCUAAGGGGCUCCCACCCAAGUGUCGAAAAGAAGGCCAAGCUUCUCCGGCGUCUUGGUGCAGAUGGACGUCGAUUCAGAAUCAUCAUGUCAGGCUCAGAACAAACAGCAUCUGGUCGGCCUAGACAACAGACUGAAGUCAUCGACUUCGAUAUCACUUCGGCCGUUGUUAAUCCCCAAUACGCCAUGCCCGACCUCCCAACUGGCCCCGGUAUACCACAAGAGCUACUUAUCCGCCGUGACGAGAGGCUUGCAAGAAUGACCUUUAUGGAUAUGAGCGACAUCCUCAAGUUCCAACAAGCUAUCACCGGAUACAAGGUGUGGUCUACUUCUACAUAUCACGGGGUCGUUGUUGCGUUUGUCAUUGGCGACAAAAAACUCAUCGAGAAGGCCACCAUUCAACUCUGGGUUCCAAAGGAGACCGAGGGCUCGCUGGUCACCAAUAGUGAUGCCGCAGCCAGUACCACCAGAAGUCCCAAUGGCAGCCGACAGAACUCUAUUGCUACCUUUAGUUCUGCAGUUCCUCAACGCCCUGGCCGUGGCUCCAUCGCCUCGCUCUCGACUACGCUUACCGGAAGCAACUCACCACCUAGCAACAACGGUAAUGGGUUCUCAGUAUCAUCUCCGACAGUAAUGUCAGGGAGUAGCCCACUCAACGGAGGCAAUGGGACUUCUUCCGGUCGCUUUUCGUCUCUCUCAACGAUCCAUCAACGACAAGCGACUGGUCCCGAGGCGUUUGGCUUCCCAAGGCAGACCUCACCCGGGCCAAUUCGGUCGUCGCCUCCAGAAUGGCAGUCUCCUUUUGGAGGAGCUCCACCUCGUCAAAUACCUCGGAAACCAGUCGGACAGCCCCCUUCCCCUCGUCGAUCAAACACUUUGAUUGGGACACCAUCAAACAGUACGAACGGGACGAACAACAGGCGCUCCUUUAGCGUAUCCAGCGGCAUAUCGAGCAACAGCAACUCGUCCAACAGUGACGGCCGCAGCAUCAGCAUCUCUACAGGAGCUAACACCACUGGAGUGCUGCUGCGCCGUCGACCCCCGAAGCCCAUGCUUGUCCUGUUCACGCAAAGCUUUGAGACUGGCAAGCUAUCCUUUGUGACUGUCCAGAUUGACGAAGACACAAACUUGAACCCGGAACGUUGCAACUGUCGCAAGUCGGGCAAGGAUGGAGCUGCCUGUGCCUUGGCGCCCAUUGAGAAGCGCAAGGGUGACGCCAAUCUCGCGGCUCGACGAUAUGAACCCUCGCCGUCCGACGGAGAGAUGGACUGGAACAUGGCCCGGCUGGCACUCAACAACCCAGUAGCAGCGAGUGACGAUGUCAACUGGCCGAACCUCAAGCGUCUGUCCAUUCAGUUCCCCAACGCCACUGCGAGGGAGAAGUUUGUUGGAACUCCGAACAAGUGUCGUUGCAAGAUCAAGAAGCAAGGAGAGCUGCAGAAAUGUAUCCAAGAAGGUCACCGUGGGCAAUGGGGACAAGUACAGGAGUUUCAUAGGAGAGACGUCAACAAGUUCCACAAGGAGAAGAACGAGGGCCGACAACAUGUGGUCUACGGAGGCAUGAGCUGA